AGGCUCUGAAUUAGAAUUUCGUUAGUUUUGAAUAUUCGAAUAUACGAAAUAGCUUAUUUUUGAAUACGCAUUGAAUACUACACAUUAACUAUUCGUAUUUGUAUUCAUAUUUGAAGCUUCAACUAUACGUCUACCCCUAGUUAUUACACAAAUGACCCCCUUGUGCGUGUCCCAGAUUGCGCAUGGGCUAGAAGCUGAUAAAAAGAAUUGUGUCUUCAGCUGCUGCUGAAGAGGUGUUCUUAUUCGUUAAGGUGUGAGAGAGUAGUAAAAAAAUUAAGAAGUUUGUUGCAAAUGACAUCCUGAUUAUGCACCUCCCAAGUCGUCAGCAUAUGUUGUUCGAGGAGAACUGAUUUUCUUCCUUUAUUACCUUUUGCUAUUUGUAUACAAGUGGCCUUUACGGAAACCACAGCGCUCACAAUUGCCUUGUGGAAUUGAUGCUGCAGUUUCUUUUUUUUUGUGUUUGUGUGUGUAUACAUCAGUUGAAUGUUCAUUUUCUUUCUUUUACUCUUUGCUUCCCUGGUGCUGCACUAGCCAGGUGUUGCGAGACGUCAGCCUGUAAGCCGGCAAAGGUCAAGUUGUGGCCAUCUGUAGUACAAGUGGCUCGGGGAAGAGCACACUACUCAACCUGGUUGUGCGCUUCUAUGACCCCUGUUAUGGCGAGAUUACUCUGGAUGGCGUGAACUUUAGGUCUUUGAGUGUACGGUGGCUGCGUUCCGAAGUUAGCCUUGUGAGCAAGAGGACAACUUUGUUCAACUACUUCAUUGCUGAGAGCACCCAAUUUGGCCAGGGGGAAACCACAAGGACUGAAGUUGUGGAGAUGGCCAAGCUAGUUGGCAUGCACAAGUUCAUCGUUAUUGUUCCUAAGACAUUCACCCUGGUUGGGCAAGAUAUGCCAGACGCUGCUUUGUUCUGGUCCAUGAUGUUCCUGGUCCUGGCAGCUGCUAGUGGUCUGGGGCACUUCUUCAGGACGGUGGGUUUAGGCAUUGCUGGUGAGAACCUGACAUUCCACCUACGGGUCGCUGUGUUGGCCAACAUACUGAGGCAACACAUGGGCUGGUUUGAUGAAGACUCCCAUUCCUCUGCCAAAUUGGCCUCUCGGCUAGCUACUGCCUGGCAGUAAUGUUCACAGUGCUCAUAAUGCUUGGAGCAAGCUUGGCAUUGGCCUUUGCCUUCCGCUGGAAACUGGCCCUGGCCCUGAUGGCCAUUGUGCCCAUUCGGGCCCUGGCCGGUGGCCUUCAGCUGUGUGUUGAAAAGGCCUCCCAGCGUCGCGAUGCACACCUCAUGACUCAUGCUAUUCA